AUGAAUGGGCUGCGCCCGCGGCUGCGCCUCUGUUACGUCGCCCACUGGCGCAGGCGUGGCCGCGGUAAGAGGCCUGCGGAGCGCCGGCCGUGUAAUCCUACCGUCGCGCGGCUGGCUCGGCCACGAGCGCCGGAGCUCCGCGCCGCGUCGCGCCUCCUCCCCCAAGUCCCUGCCCCGCCGGGGCUCGUCACUUCCGCCACCCCCAGGCCGGGACUGGGGCAGGGAACGCGGGGGAGGGGGGGCCAGGUCCUGGGGAAGCCCGCCCGCGCACGAGCAGGGACUACAUUUCCCGAGGGGCCUCGGCGGCGGCGGCGGCGGCGGCGGCGGCGGCGGCGGGCGCGGCAACGUCCCCCGGAAGUGGAGCCCUGGACUUCCACUCGUGCGUGA